ACCCGUUGCCACGGCAGCGCUCGCUUGAGCCGCUCCUCUGUCCUCGCUGCGUCCUUCCCGGGUAUCUCCGCUGCAAGUCCCCGCCUGACUGAGUGGCUGUCACCUCUCAGAGGACAUCUGUCCACUUCUGUCCUCAGUUCUCAGCUCUGAGUCCUCCAGUCUGACAGAACUGGACCUGAGCAACAACGACCUGCAGGAUUCUGGACUGAAGAAACUGUGUCCUGGACUGGAGAGUCCAUACUGUCACCUGAAGUCUCUCAGGCUAUCAGGCUGUCUGAUCACAGAGGAAGGAAGUUCUUCUCUGGUCUCAGCUCUGACCUCCAACCCCUCCCACCUGAGAGAGCUGGACCUGAGCUACAACAAUCCAGGGGAGUCAGCAGGGAAGCUUCGGUCUAUACGGGAGGAUCCCCGCUGGAUGCUGGACACUCUCAGGGUGGAGCCUGCUGGACAACGAUGGCUGACACCAGGUCUGAGGAAGUAUUCCUGUCAACUCACCAUUGACACAAACACAGUCAACAACAAGAUCAAACUGUCUGAUGACAACAGGAAGAUGAUGUUGGUGGACGAGGAUCAGUCAUAUCCUGAUCAUCCAGACAGGUUUGAUCACUGGCCUCAGCUGCUGUGUAAAGAAGUUCUGACGGGUCGCUGUUACUGGGAGGUCCAGUGGAGAGGAACUGUUUCUGUAUCAGGGAGUUACAGAAGAAUCAGCAGGAAAGGAAACUCUGAUGACUGUGAGUUUGGAGAAAACGAUCAUUCCUGGAGUCUGGACUGUUUUCCAGGUGGUUGGUACUGUGUCCGUCACAAUAAGAGAGAAACAUCCAUCACCUCCUCAUCUCCAUCUCCAUCUUCAGACUCUGGCAGAGCAGCAGUGUACGUGGACGUUCCUGCUGGAACUCUGUCCUUCUAUGAAGUCUCUGUCUCUGACAGACUGAUCCACCUCCACACCGUCAACACCACCUUCACUGGAUGUCCUGGAUUUAGACUCAAGUCCAGGCCCUGGUCUGGGUCCUGGUCUGAGUCCAUGAUAAAAUACGGGUUAAGGACCUUGUUAGUGUCUGAAAACUUAGUGUCUCUGUGUCCAGUUUAGUCUCCAGAGUCUCCUGUCAGAGAAACUGUCUCUGUUGGAUCCUGGACUUGAACACUGGUUCUGUUUCCUCAGUGUCUCCAUGAUGAUGAUGGUGAUGAUGAUGAUGAUGAUGAUGAUGAUGAUGGUGAUGGUGAUGAUGAUGAUGAUGAUGAUGAUGAUGAUGAUGAUGAUGAUGAUGAUGAAGAUGAUCACCUUUUAUCUUUAGUUUUUGGUUUAUUGUAUUUUAUUUGAUCUUUUUUCACAUUUAAACAUUAAAUAUUUUACUGAAUUGUUGAUGUUUGAUCAUAAAUUCGAUUUUUAUCUCAUUAACUUCACGUUUAGAUUCUUAGAAUCUUGUUUCUUCCCUGAAACAAAGCUUGAGCUUCAAAUCUAAACAUUUCCAUUUUACAUUCAACUUUUCCAGUUUGUACAAUAUUUGAUUGAUUUUUCUUGAUUGUUUUAAUUUGAUUCCUUCAGUUUUCAAAGUUGUUGAUGUAAAAAUAAAGUGAGAAGAUGGAAAUAUUCAUGUAACAUCCAACAUGUAAAAACAUCAGCAGCAUGUGUAAAAGUAUUCGAGUACUCUUGAAAUAAAAAACAUCAACGUUAGAAACCGAGUGAAGAUGAAGUGUCAAUGUAAUGCCUAUUUUUAAUAAAGCA